CCCCCAGGUGACGGUGCAGUACAUGCAGGACCGCGGUGCCGUCAUCCCCAUCCGCGUGCACACCAUCGUCAUCUCGGUGCAGCACGACGAGGAGGUUUGCCUGGACGAGAUGCGAGACGCCCUGAAGGAGAAGGUGAUCAAAGCCGUGGUUCCCUGCAAGUACCUGGACGAAGACACCAUUUAUCACCUGCAGCCCAGCGGCCGCUUCGUCAUCGGCGGCCCCCAGGGCGACGCCGGGCUGACGGGACGGAAGAUCAUCGUGGACACGUACGGGGGCUGGGGGGCUCACGGCGGAGGGGCUUUUUCUGGCAAGGAUUACACCAAGGUGGAUCGGUCGGCCGCCUACGCCGCGCGCUGGGUCGCCAAAUCGCUCAUCAAAGCCGGGCU